UACCAGUGCUCCUUUACAACUGAAAGGCAAAGCUACCAAUGUGAACUCUUUUGCAUGCUGCGCUGAUGCAGCAAAUUUGAGCACAGCAUGGCAGAGAAGGGACUAUCAUUGCCAUACUGCUAAGUCACUGAAUGAUCACUUGUUUAUAAACUGUGGUGGUGAGGGAGUGCUAACUAAUGGAGUUUAUUAUCAAGCUGAUACGCAACCUGAUGGAGAAUCGACAUUCUUUCUGAGUGAUGAUAAAAGUUGGGGUUACAGUAGCAUGGGAAUUUUUCUUGUGACAAACCAUGACCAGUACAUUGUGGAAAAAUCAUGUGGAAUUUACAGUGAUGGUGCACCUUUGUAUAAGACAGCUCGCAUUGCCCCUAUCUCCCUUAAGUACUAUGGCUUUUGUAUGAAAAAUGGCAAAUACAGAGUGAGGCUUCACUUUGCAGAAAUUAUGUAUGGAGAAAAUAAAGAUCCUAGCAGCAAGGGGAACCGCUUCUUUGAUGUGGCAAUUCAGGACCAAAAGGUACUAGAAAAUUUCAAUAUUAGAGAAGCUGCCAUGGGUGUGAAUAGAAGUGUAACUUUGGACUUCGUUGCCACAGUGAGGAACCAUCGACUGGAGAUCCACUUAUAUUGGACUGGCAAGGGCUCAAUUCAUAUUCCAGUGGAGUAUUACGGUCCUCUUAUAUCUGCUAUUUCAGUUUCUCCUGUUCCUAGAAAAUCUAGCACAAAACCAUCACCAAUGAGCAUUGCUGCGCUUGUAGGAUCUGCAUUACUUCUCCUACUAUUGAUUUCAAUUCUGAUUGUAAAACUAGGCUGUCUUGGCGGAAAAGAAUUGAAUAGCAAAGAAUUGAAAGAUCUCGAGUUUCUACCUGGAGGAUCUUUCAACUUCCGUCAAAUAAAAGCUGCCACCCAGAACUUUAAUCCUGUGAACAAGAUUGGUGAAGGAGGUUUUGGGUCUGUAUAUAAGGUCUGUCACUACAUACGCUUUGAGGUCCUUGAGCUUUUCAAAUUGCAUGAUGCUUUUACUGCUAUCUAUUAUUUGUAUGUAAUCACCUGUGAAUCACUUGUAUUUAUAACGAAACAUAUCAAAUCAAGAACUUAUAACCGCAAAUUAAUAUCCUACCAAUGCAAGUUUGACAUUUUAGAUCCUUGGGUGAGAAUGCAAUUAUAUACUUUAAAAAAUGGCUUCACAAAAUAAACUGCUUAAAUUUGAAUAGGUUACAUUAAGCACUU